AUGGCUUUUACUAAUGUAGCUAUUUUUGUUAAUCUUGAAAAGUUAAAAGAACAAUUAGCUAAGUAUGAAGCUAUUGAGCAAAAAACUGAAUUUCAACAACAAGAAAUUAAGGAAUUGGAAUCAGAAACUGCUAAAGAACAUGAAAGGCGUUUAAAAAAGGAACAUGAGUCAAGACGUCAGAAAAGAACAAAACGUCAACUAGAGAACAAUAAUACCCAGAACCAGGAUACUAAUUUAUUGUAUAUAGAAUCACCUUCUGUUAAUAUUGAAUAG